AACUAAAAAUUUAAGUUUUUCAUCAUAAAACCCAUAACAUAUCCUUUCUAUGUGAUUCCAUGGUUGUCAGCCCAUGUGGCUUUAUUCUUCGACGUUAUCAACCUCUUCUUUCAACAGCCUUCUAAUUGAGUGGUCAUAUCUCAACUUUUGCCGAAUCCCAGUUUUAAAUAUUAACUGGAGAAAAUAUUUCACUUUUGUGCUCAGUUAACAAAGUUACUCGCGUUAGGACUAUUUCAAAUAUAUAGAAUCAAAGGAUACAGUAAUAGCGGCCAGAAUGGCGUACACCGCUUGUACCGCGUUUUCUCAAGACGGACAAUAUUUUGCUCAUUGUGGAAUUGAUGGAAAACUGAAAAUUUGGGAAACAGCAACGAAUAGACUCAAGCAAGAAUAUAUACCUAAUCUACAUCUUAAUUCGCCGUGCAAUGUAUUAUGCUGGAUUUCUGUAAAUAUUCAGGCGACAAAUGCAACGUCAUUACCAUGGAAAAAACGCAAAAGGAAGGGGAUUGUGGAAGAGGUGGAACAAAAAGCAAUUAUUGUUAUGGGAUCAGCAAAUGGAAUGAUCACUUUAUAUGAUGUCGCAGCUGCUGCUGUUUGUGGUCAAUUAGAAAAUGGCCAUUCUUCGUGUGUAACAGCUUUGACUUGGUCCGUAAAUAAUGGUUUAUUCACAGUUGCGGAUGAUCAUUAUAUAAUUGAAUGGAAUAUGAAAGAAAAUGGUAUUAAAUCUAAGUGGAAGUCUGGUAAGGCAAAAGUUACAGCCUUAGAAGUAACGAAAGACGGACAAUUCAUAAUCUCUGCUGAAAGAAUAAUCAAAUGGUGGAGUUUGUCUACGAAGCAAGUUAUUCGGACUUUUACUGGACAUGCUGGACAAGUUACUUCUUUAAAUGCAAUAACAGUGAAUCAAGAUACCAGUUAUUUAAUUAGUGGAGCCAGCGACGAUAGAUAUUUGAGUAUAUGGGCUCUUGAUGAGACGAAGAAUGAUAAGUGUUCUGCUGCUUCAUUAACUAUGCAAGAUGAAGCUAUGUCUGUUUCUGUACACGUCACUGAGGAGGAUUCUCAAAUGAUGGUAUUGGCCGUUACUAGAUCAGGACAAGCACAUAUUUUUAAAUACCAACCAAAUGGACGUUUCAAGCCACUGAAGCCAACGCUGACAAUUGCAGUUGCUUCUGAUGGAAAUCAAAAAGAUGCUGUACAACAGAUUCCUAUUUUUAUGGCGAAAUCGAUAGAAAAUGAAAAGUUAUUAUUAGCAUAUGGUUCUUACAUAAAUCUAACAUUUGAAAAAAUAACGCCAGACUAUUCGGAUAAAAUACAGUAUUUAAUACGCUCUGAAAUAAAAAAGACAAAAGAAAAGAAAGAAGAAUCAAUUACAAAAGUAAAAACCGUUAUUACGGAGAAUGAUGUUGAAUAUCUUGCUCCUGGAGCAGGAAAUACAACAACUAAAAGAAAUAGGACCAGUUCGGCGGGUUCUGCAUUACCUUUAAAAGAUAGAUUAGAAAAUCUUAGUUUUAAUGUUGAAACUAAUUCUACAGGUAAGACUCCUUUGAAAGGAGCUAAUAUGAUACAGUUGUUGAUGCAAGGUCUAAACAGUAAAGAUAGGAUCAUUCUAAAUAGUGUAUUAUAUACGAAAAAUGAAAGAACAAUUCGAAAUACUAUUGCCAGAUUACCCGUCCAGGCAAUAACACCUUUGCUGAAAGAAUUAUGUUCCAUGUUACAUGGCAAGACUUAUCCGAGUAAAAUAGCUACCAUGUGGUUACAUAUAUUGGUGACAACACAUGCAGCACAUCUUUUAUCGCAUCCUGAUAUCGGAGAAUCACUUAGUCCUAUCUUAAGCUUGAUUGAUGCGAAGUUAAUGCUGUUAACUGAAAUAUCAAAAUUACGAGGACGGGUUUCACUUGUGACAGGACAAAUAUCCGGGAGCAAAGAAGAACAAGACAGUAUGAUGGAUGAUACUUUACUUUUCUAUCAGGAUGCAGAUUCAUCUGAUGAAGGUCCUGCCAUAGAAGAUGCCGAUUUAGAAAGCGAAUCAGAUGAGAAUUGGGAAGAAAAUUCUGAUCAAGAAGAGCAAAAUGAAAAUGACAGUAAAAGUAUUAUAUUUAAAGAGGAAGACGAUAUGAGCAGUUGAAUUUUGUUUGCCAUCUCUGUACGAUUGUUUGUUAUAAAUGCUAAAAGUACAAUAUCAGUACAGAUUUUCAUAUAAAAUUUAUUUCUGGAAUCAAGUUCCUGAGAAAUGUAAAUAGCAAAUACAAAAUCUAUU